AUGUCGGGCUCACUGGCAACCGCGACUGUCACCGCGGCCGCUCCCGCUCAUGAUAAGCCCUACGGGAUCACACAGAUCCGGGCUUAUAUACCGGUCCAACUUGAUCUCAAAAAGUUGAACUAUGACAUCUGGCGUGAGCUCUUUGAGACUCACUGUAGCAGCUUCGGUGUCCUUGGACAUCUUGAUGGCUCCUCUGCCCCGCCUCCUGCCGAUGAGACGCAGUGGAAGGAAUGGGACAAUCUUGUGAAAAUGUGGAUUUACGGCACUGUGUCUGAACAACUCGACACAAUUCUUAAGGCCAAGUCCACGGCUCGUGAUUUAUGGCUCACUCUUGAAGCCCUGUUUCGUGACAACAAAGAAGCUCAGUCUAUCCAGUAUGAUAAUGAGCUUCGUACCCUUGUGAUCGGAGACAUGUCCGUCACUGACUACACGCACAAGUUGAAGACACUUGCUGAUCUUCUCGCAAAUGUUGACGCCCCAGUUACAGACCGUGCCUUGGUGAUGCACAUGCUUAAUGGACUGUCUGCAAAAUUUGACAGUAUCAUUAAUGUCAUUCAACAUCACUCGCCGUUUCCCUCUUUCAUCAAGGCCCGCUCUAUGCUUCUCAUGGAAGAGAAGAGACUCUCCAAGCAGACUCCGCAGAUCGCAGAACACAAUACUGACUCCUCGUCUCAGAGUGUCCUGUACACACAGUCUGACCAACCUCAACAACGCCAGCAACACUACAACAACAACAACUCCGGCCAGAACAACAACAACAACAAACCUCGUGGUCGUGGUGGUCGCGGAAACAGAGGUCGUGGUCGCUACAACAACAACAAUUGGCAGAACAACUCCUAUGCCGCACCACCUUGGUCGUGUCCUCAGGCUCCAUGGAUGUUCCCCAACGCUUACAACGUGCCACCCGGGGUCCCACCGCCCUACUACACACCACCGAUGCAUCCCCCCUCUGCUCCGCAUGGUUCCUUUCCGCAUCGACCGCAUGGCGAGGCUCUCUACACUCAUGGUGUUCCAUCUUUUAUCUCAUGA